AUGGGCCUCUUGAGCCGCUUCUUCUACCUGAUAAACCUCGCAAACACGCCCGCGAACGGUCGUUUGAUCUACGCCGAGGUUAUCUCCGUUCUGGAAAUUGUCUUCUCUAUACUUCUUAUCGUUCCUGCUAAAUAUUCCUUCUACGUCUUUCCUAUCGAUGUUGUACUUUUCAUCUGCUCGAUAGUAGCAUUUGGGCUACUGGCAAAUCUGAACAGCUCCUGCACCUCAAACUGGUACUACUCUUACUGGGGCUUCUACUGGGGCCGCUUCUGGAGGGUUCCCGACGUUAGCAUUGCGACCAUUGGCUCUAUGAAGGAGAUGAUUCUUCGCAAGAAGCACCACGAACGGGAUGCAGUCACCGAUCCCGAAGCCCAGUUUUAG